AUGUUGAAUGAUAUCAUUGGCGUCUAUAGUAAAGUUGGACAAAGUGGUCGACAGGAUGACGAUGUUUACGAUCGAUUUAGUCAUCGUUGGACAAUUAUCAUUUUGGCUGUUUUUAUUAUAGCUAUUAGUGCCAAACAAUUUGUAGGUACUCCAAUUGAAUGUAUACCUCCAGCUGAAUUUGGUGAAGAGCAUAAAGCCUAUGUAGAAAAUUUUUGUUGGAUUCAUUAUACGUAUUCAGUUGACGAUAAUACGCCGUUAACAAGACAAAUGGUUCGUGGCGCAAAUGGCUCUCAUAAAACACCGUAUUACAUUUGGAUACCAUAUAUAUGUCUCGCUGCUUGUUUGACAACAUGGAUACCAGCAUGGUUUUGGCACAUUGUUGGACAUCAUGCAACAUUUGAUAUACCGGCUGUAAUUAAUCAAUUAGCUAAAAUGAAACUAACGAAUCCUGACGACCGUAUUGAAAAUUUAACAAUUAUCGCUAAACAUUAUGAAAAAGCGGCAUCGUAUGCUAAAUCAACCAAUCGUUCAUCACGGAAUAUAUUUCGUAAAUUUAUUAGUUAUUCAAUGUUUUUUGCUGGUGGCGGUGCAUUAACGGGAAUUUAUUUUUUUGUAAAGUUAUUAUACCUAAUAAAUGCCGUUGGACAAUUUUUUUUGAUAAAUUAUUUUUUCAAAAUUGAUUAUUGGUAUUACGGUCAACGAAUAUUAUACGGAUUAUUUAGUGGACGCGAUUGGGUGGAAAAUAAACAAUUUUUUCCAAGAAUUGUCUAUUGUGAUUUUGCUAUUCGUUAUCUUGGUGAUAAUAAUCUAAAUUAUACGGUCCAGUGUACAUUGCCAGUUAAUUUAUACAAUGAGAGAAUAUUUGCAUUCUAUUGGUUUUGGCUAAUAUUUCUUACUUUGAUUACAAUUUAUGGUAUUACUGUUUGGCUAAUGCAGAUGAGUUAUCGAGGACGACGAAGUUUUUUGAAAAAACAUUUACGUAUUAAUAAACAGAUUUGUAUGAAAUUGGAUGAAUGUAAUUUAUUUAAUGCUUUUGGUGAAAGAUAUUUGGGUGGUGAUGGUAUUUUAUUUUUACGCUUAGUAGCAAAAAAUACAAGUCCAGUUAUAGGCGGUGAACUACUGGGUAUUCUGUGGGAACGAUAUCAAGCACGUCGUAAUGCUACAGUCGCUUUAGGUAUAAAAAUGGGAAAUAUGAAGAGUAGCAAUGGUGAUUCAUCAUUCGGAGAUGAAAAACCGCCACCAUUCGAUGCGAGUACAUUAACAUACAAUCAACAACCGAAAAAAAACUGA